AUUCACAGUUGCAAUGCUGCCUCAAGCGUCCUUCUCGCGGCUCGUCUCCCGCGCCGCCGGCCUGCCGCGCGCCAUUGGCCGUCCAGACCUCACCACCACCACCACCAUCCGGACGCUUCGCACCGUCGCCGAGACCGUCCCCAAGUCGUCCAUCAAGAUCCUGCGCCUCGUCGACGCCGUGCGGCAAUGGCGCAGGCCGCACAUGGCCAACUACCGCUCCGUCGGCCUCGUGCCCACCAUGGGCGCCCUGCACGAGGGCCACUUCUCGCUGAUCCGCGCCGCCGCGCGCGAGAACCACCACGUCGUCGUGAGCAUCUACGUCAACCCGGCCCAGUUCGGCAUCAAGGAGGACCUGGCGUCGUACCCCGUCACCUGGGAGACCGACGUGGCCGCCCUGGCCAGGCUGGACCGCGAGUUCGCCGACGACGGCGCAAACCUCGGCCGCAUCUCCGCCGUCUUUGCGCCCACCACCACCGAGAUGUACCCUUCUGGCUUCCCCGGCCAGGAGGUUGACAGCAAGGGCAGCUUCGUCACCAUCACGCCCGUGGCAGAGGUCCUCGAGGGCGCCAGCCGGCCGACCUUUUUCCGCGGCGUCGCCACCGUCUGCAUGAAGCUCUUCAACAUUGUCCAGCCGGACCGCGUCUACUUUGGCCAAAAGGACGUCCAGCAGACCGUCAUCAUCAAGCGCAUGGUCAAGGACUUUAUGAUGCCCACCGAGGUUGUCAUCUGCCCCACCACGCGGGAAGCCGACGGCCUUGCGCUGAGCUCGCGCAACGUCUACCUGGGGCCUCGCCGACGCAGUGUCGCCGUUGUGUUGAGCAAAGCGUUGCGUGCUGCCGAGCAUGUGUACAAGAAUGGCCAACUGAACCGUAGUGACGUCCUCGGAGCGGCGAACAACGUUGCCAAGACUGUGCUGGAGGCUCAGAAGGAGCUUCCUGCGGACCAGCGGGUUGCAUUCGAGGUCGACUACAUAUCCUUGGCUGAUCCCGACACGCUGCAAGAAGUCGACGCUGUAGACGCCGCCAAGGGAGCCAUCCUCAGCGGAGCCAUCAAGAUGCAGCCUGUGGAGCAGGCGCAGAGCGGCGAAGAUCUGGGCCAUUCUGGGGGCCCGGCAGUGCGAUUGAUUGACAACAUUAUACUUGCGCCCAAAGCCGAGUAG